CUCUGUGACAUUUCUUGGUUGUUAGUGAUAUAGCCAUAGCUCUGUGUAAUUCAUCUAAGAGCAACGCGGUACGAUUUGGUACGAUUGUCGGUGACAGAGCUGUUACGAGAAUUUUAACCGAUCGCCAUGCAAGACACAAAGAGACUACAGGAGUUUAUGGAGCUAGUUGGUCGGCUGAAGCAUAUGAAAAGGAUGGGAUGGGUAAAACGAAAUAUAUCUGAUCCUGAAACAAUCGCUGGACACAUGUACCGUAUGGCAAUGUUAUCAUUUCUAGUAGAUGGAAAAGAAAAAUUAGACAAAACCAAAAUAAUGCAGAUGACAUUAAUUCAUGACCUAGCUGAAUGUAUUGUGGGAGACAUAACACCUCAUUGUGGCAUACCACCAGAUGAAAAACAUAGAAUGGAAGAUGAAGCUAUGGAAGAUAUUUGCAAGCUGUUAGGUGAUAAGGGACCUGAAAUAUUACAAAUAUUUCGUGAAUAUGAAAAGCAGGAAUCUCCUGAAGCACAAUAUGUUAAAGACUUGGAUAGACUAGACUUGUUGAUGCAAGCAUAUGAAUACGAAAAAAGAGAUAACAUUCCGGGAGAACUGGACGAAUUCUUUGUCGCGAUUAACGGCAAAAUCAGACAUCCUGUUAUCAAUAAAAUUGCUAUUGACAUAACCGAAGAGAGAGACCAAUUAUGUCGCAAUAUAAAUAUCUCGAAAUAGCAAAAGUUAUAAUCUAAAGACAAAUCUGGAAGGACAAGCUUUCAGAUAGCUCAAAUGAUAUUUUAAACGUUACCAUGUCA